AAGAUAAGGAUACAGAAGAGGAGGAAGGUGGGCACUCCCAUGGCAGUGCAGAAUCACAUGAAAGCAAAGGUAUAGGCCUAGAUGAAAGUGAACUUGAUUCUGAGGCCGAACUCAUGAAAAGCAUGGGGCUGCCACUUCAGUUUGGUGGAAUAUCUGCACAUAAGAAUUUUGAGGUGUCUAUGAAUGCUAGAAAUAAAAUAAAAAAGAAAAGGAAAAAACAUCAAAAGAAGUACUUUGAUGAAGUUAUGAGAGAAUCUUGGAGAAAAGAAUAUGAUGAAGAUGACAUUUUGGCUUCAGAAGAUCCAUCUUCAGUCGAAAAGUAUGAGAACAUCAGAACAUGUAAACUUCAAAGCAAAAGGGACAUUGAAACUGAAAAUCUUCCUACUGAAAAUGCAUUAUCUCCAAAGCUAGAAAUUACAGAAAAAUGGGAAAAGUAUUGGAAUGAAUAUGGAGGAAGACUACUAUGGCAAAGCUGGCAAGAAAAACAUUCAGAUCAAACACUAUCAUCUGAACCUUGGAACUUUCCUGAUACAAAGGAAGAAUGGGAACAACAUUAUAGUCAACUCUAUUGGUAUUAUUUGGAACAGUUUCAAUAUUGGGAAGCUCAGGGUUGGACUUUUGAUGCCUUACAAAGCUGUCGUACAGAUACUUGUGAAUCUAAAAUAGAAGUUGACAAUAACAAAGAGGAAAAUUGCAUGAGAGUAGAGUUAAUUUCUUUUCCAUCUUCAUCUGUUGGUCAUGAAAGCUCCAGUUCCAGUGAUAAGGAUUAUAACGAAAUACUUGAUAGAAUUCAUAAUAUAACUCUGAAAUCAGAAGAAGUAGAACAAAGCCAGUUAGAGUCUUCUGUAAAUUACGAUGAUCAUCAGGAGCUAAGUGAAGUUAGUGGAAAAGAAUGCCCUGCUUCUGGUCGAAGUGAACCAUGUAAUGGAGGAACCAAGAAAAGAAAUGUGUCUAGGAAUAGAAACACAGACCUACCAUCUCAGGAUUCACAGAAGUCUUCAGGAGCAAACACAAGCAAAGAAAGACCACACACCGCUGGUGUUAAUGGAGAUGAGAGUGAAGAAGAUCCACCUGAAAGUAAACCAGCUAAACUCAAGAGGAGCCAUGAAUUAGACAUCGAUGAAAACCCACCUGCAGAUUUUUAUGAAGAUGGUUGUCUUCUAGGAUUCAAGCAUGGCUCAGGACAAAAAUAUGGUAAGAUUUCAAAUUUCAGUCAUCGACAGGUCAAGUAUCUACAGAAGAAUGUGAAGCGUAAGUCAAAGUUCCUGGAUAUGCGAAGACAAAUAAAUGUGAAAAACAAACAAAUCUUUACCAAAGAGUCAGAAAGCCCAUUUUGCAAGAAAAGCAAAGCUUUGAGUAAGGUAGAAAAAUUCCUAAGAUGGGUUAAUGAUGAGGAAGCAACACAGAAGUCAUUUUCUCAGGACAGUGUGCAAGACACUUGCACGAGUAGUGAUUCAGAGGAACAGCAAGUAUCUGUUACAAAAGAUGAUGACACAUUUGAGACUAGUAAUCCAGAACCUGACAAAUGCCAGACUGUAUCAUUAGCUGGUGAAUUUGAAACAGAAAAAAAUGAAGGAGACAGCAUAGGAGCAACUGUAAAAGAAGAACAGGAUCGUGUUAUUCAGGAGAUACCAGACUCUCUUCAGGUAGAAAAUGAAGCUGAAACGAAGAAGAAGGGAAAAAAAAAAACCAAGAACAGAAAGGUGAAUAGUCUACCUCCUGAGAUAGCUGCUGUUCCUGGGCUGGCAAAAUACUGGGCCCAGAGAUACAGGCUCUUCUCCCGUUUUGAUGAUGGGAUUAAAUUGGACAGAGAGGGCUGGUUUUCCGUUACUCCUGAGAAGAUAGCUGAACACAUUGCUGGCCGAGUCAGUGAGUCCUUCAACUGUGAUGUUGUAGUAGAUGCAUUCUGUGGAGUUGGAGGAAAUACCAUUCAAUUUGCCUUAACAGGAAAAAGAGUGAUUGCCAUUGAUAUUGAUCCUGUGAAGAUUGACCUGGCUCGAAAUAAUGCAGAAGUUUAUGGGGUUGCAGAUAAGAUAGAGUUCAUCUGUGGAGAUUUCCUACUGCUGGCUUCUCAUCUAAAGGCAGACGUGGUGUUUCUCAGCCCUCCUUGGGGAGGACCAGACUAUGCUACCGCAGAGACCUUUGACAUUAGAACAAUGAUGUCUCCUGAUGGCUUUGAAAUUUUCAGACUUUCCCAGAAGAUCACUAAUAAUAUAAUUUAUUUUCUUCCAAGAAAUGCUGAUAUUGACCAGGUGGCAUCCUUAGCUGGACCUGGAGGAGAAGUGGAAAUUGAGCAAAAUUUUCUUAAUAAUAAGUUAAAAACAAUCACUGCUUAUUUUGGUGACCUGAUCCAAAGAUCACCCUCUGAAACAUAG